AGAAACCUGUGGAUAGUCGAAAGUCGCGAAACUUGUAGGUAGUACGUUUGUUGGUCGUUAACUCAAAAGAACAGAGAAUAAAGAGGUUAGUGGCACUUGGAAUGCUGUGAAUGUGUGAGUGUAUGUGAAUUUUCCGGGUUUCCCAUUCUGUGUUCGGUUUGGGAAUUCACUUGAAUAUAUUUGGAUUCCGACAAGGGCAUGCAGCUUUCCAUUAUUUCUUGCUAGUGGAGUUUAGAAUAUAUCGAGGAAUAUGUUGAUAAGGAUACGGGCGACUAUACUAGUCGCCUCUUUCUUGCUGCUAAGGAUAAGUUUAGGAGAAAUUAGUGCUACCAAUUUGUUCACCUGUCCAAAUGGCUGGGAACUACGAGGAUUGAAUUGUUACAAAUACUUCAACAUCAGACAUUCCUGGGAAAAGGCGGCAGAGCUCUGUAGAAGAUACGGUAGUGAUCUCAUAUCUGUAGAAUCUUACGAAGAGAACAAUAUCACCUCAUCUAUAGCCACCACAUCGGUGCCAAUAGAAAGGAGAAAUAUAACUUCGAACAAUUUCUGGCUGGGUCUUGCUUCGUUGGAUGACUUGAAAACCAAUACGCUAGAAUCAGCUGCGGGUACUUUGGUUUCGCAAUACUCAGGUUUUUGGUCUCUUCAUCAGCCAGACCCCUCAUCUGGAGAAUGUGUGGACGUAACACUAACCGGAGAGUCACAAUCAUGGGAAUUGACUACAUGCGAAAGGCUUCUCCCAUUCAUGUGCCGUACAAGAGCCUGUCCAGAGGGCUCCUUCCAUUGUUCGAAUGGACACUGCAUCAACGAAAAAUUCCGUUGCGACAAACAAGACGACUGUGGGGACUCUUCGGAUGAAAUUGAUUGUCCGUCAAAUUGCAACUUCUACUUUGCGAGCAGUGGUGGCGUAGUAGAAAAUCCAGACUACCCCCAUAAAUACGCACCGCUCACCAACUGCAAAUGGACCCUUGAAGGUCCCCAAGGACACAACAUCUUACUGCAAUUCCAAGAAUUUGAAACUGAGAAAACUUUCGAUACCGUGCAGAUAUUGGUAGGAGGAAGAACUGAAGAUACAUCUGUAAAUUUAGCUACACUGUCUGGAAAACAAGAUCUCACGAAUCACUCUUUCGUUUCUGCUUCGAAUUUCAUGAUCAUCAAGUUCAGUACUGAUGCUUCCGUUGAAAGGAAAGGUUUCAGAGCUUCUUGGAAGACUGAACCUUCCACUUGCGGUGGUAUGUUGAGGGCUACAACGCAACCACAAGAACUGAAAUCACCUGGAUAUCCUGAUCAGUAUCCAGGAGGAUUAGAGUGUUUGUAUAUAAUAAGUGCCAUACCUGGUAGGAUAAUAUCGUUAGAAAUUGAAGAUUUGGAACUAGAGAACAAUAAGGAUUAUAUCCUGAUUCGAGAUGGAGAUUCACCAAAGAGCAAACCAAUUGCGAGACUGACUGGGGAUUUACAUAAUAAUCAAAGGAUUAUCAUUUCAACCCAGAGCCACCUUUACCUUUACUUCAAAACGAGUCUGGGAGAUUCCAAGAAAGGUUUCAAACUAAAGUACACACAAGGCUGUAGAGCGACAAUCGAAUCAACAAAUGGAACAGUUUCAUCUCCAGCAUUUGGUCUGACAGAGUAUCCAAGUAACCAGGAUUGCUUGUACAGAAUAAAAAACCCACAAGGAGGUCCUUUAUCGUUGAAUUUCAAGAAAUUCGAAGUAGACAAAUCUGAUUUCGUUCAGGUUUACGAUGGUUCAUCCACAACUGGCCUAAGGCUACAUUCCGGCAAUGGCUUUUCAGCAAAUUCCAAGCCGAAGAUUACAUUAACAGCAUCCAGUGGGGAAAUGCUUUUGAGAUUCGUGACCGAUGCUUUACACGAUAGUAUUGGUUGGGAAGCCACGUUUUCUGCAGAUUGUCCACCUUUGAAACCUGGAGCUGGAGCAUUGGCAUCAAGCAGAGAUACCUCUUUCGGUACAGUCAUUACAUUCAAUUGUCCGAUCGGCCAAGAAUUCGCUACAGGAAGGAAUCGUAUAACUACCAAAUGUUUACCUGGAGGCAACUGGUCCAUUAGCUAUAUUCCAAAUUGUCAAGAAGUUUACUGUGGUCCUGUGCCACAAAUUGAUAACGGAUUUUCAACUGGAUCUACUAACGUUACCUACAGGGGACAAGCUAUGUACCAGUGCUAUGCAGGAUUUGCAUUCCCUACAGGACAACCUAUUGAAAAAAUCUCCUGCUUGGCCGAUGGGAGAUGGGAAAAGAAACCAAAUUGUCUGGCUUCCCAAUGUUCAGCAUUACCAGAGGUACCUCACGCUAAUGUUACCCUUCUUAACGGCCUUGGUCGUUCUUACGGUACCAUUGUAAGGUAUGAAUGCGAGCCAGGGUACGUCAGAAGUGGUCCUCCAGUUAUUCUAUGUAUGAGUAAUGGUACAUGGUCUGGAGAAGUACCAACAUGUUCAAGAGCAAAGUGUCCAGUAUUUCCAGAAGUCAAAAAUGGCUAUUUCAUCGACAACACGAGGGAGUAUUUCUUCAAAGACGAAGCUCGAGUACAAUGUCACAGGGGAUAUAAAUUGCUUGGCAAUGGUGUCCUGAGAUGUGGGGAAGAUCAAGAAUUCAAUAAUCCACCUAAAUGCGAAGACAUAAAUGAAUGUAUCGCCACACAGUGCGAUGCUGUAUCUACAGAAUGUAUCAAUAACCCUGGAUCUUUCCACUGUAAAUGUAGGAAAGGUUUCGUACCAAGGACUGAUUGCAGACCUCUUGAAUUAGGUUUAAUAAAUGGCGGAAUUCCUGACGAGGCAAUUUCUGUAUCCAGUACUGAAGAUGGAUAUAACAAAAAUAAUAUAAGACUGAAUAAUGGCCUGGGAUGGUGCGGAAAUUCCCAAGAGGGUGGAUCUAACUGGGUUCUUGUAGAUCUGAAAGCGCCAACCAUUGUCAAAGGAUUCAAAACGAUGAGCGUGGACAGACCAGAUGGCAACUAUGCCUUCACCACAGCUAUGAGACUUCAGUAUACAGAUGAUCUAACCGAUUCCUUCAAGGACUACAGAAAUCCAGAUGGAACUGCCGUCGAGUUCAGGAUUUUGGAACCAACCCUCUCGAUUUUGAAUCUGCCAGUUCCUAUUGAAACUAGGUACAUCAAGUUCAAGAUUCAGGAUUACGUUCGUGCUCCUUGUUUGAAAUUGGAAGUCAUUGGAUGUACGAAAUUGGAAUGUUUGGACAUCGACGAAUGUGCUGUUAACAAUGGUGGUUGUGAUCAAAAAUGUAUAAACACUCCUGGCGACUUCAAUUGCGCCUGUAACAUUGGUUUCGAACUAUACACUCGUAACGGAACUGCCUCAUAUUUCAUUGAGAAAUCUGAAAAUGGCCUGAGAGAUGGUGAUAUGUACCAAGUAAACAAAUCCUGCGUACCAGUGAUGUGCCCCAACCUCAGCCCUCCUGAGAAUGGAUUGAUUCUUUCGACCCAAAAAUACUACCACUUCGGCGAUUUGGUCAGUUUUCAAUGUGAUUUUGGUUACAUAAUGUCAGGAUCUUCUUCACUUCUAUGUACAUCUACUGGUGCUUGGAACGGUUCAGUACCAGAGUGUAAAUAUGCCCAGUGUGUUUCUCUACCUGAUGACAAGAAUGAAGGCCUUCGAGUUUUGCGUAACGAUGAUUCCAGCGUCCUGGUACCAUUCAGGGAAAAUGUAACUUUGAGUUGUGAUCUCAACGGAAAACAACUGAGAAGAACUUCAACAUCAGGAUUCAGACAAUGUGUAUACGACCCCAAACCAGGUCUACCAGAUUACUGGCUUAGUGGAACUCUUCCGUCUUGUCCAAGAGCGGAUUGUGGAAUACCAUUACCUUCACCAGGUGCAGAAUACGGCAGAUACAUGGAUACCAAAUACCAAUCGUCAUUCUACUUCGGUUGUCAAAACACCUUUAAGUUAGCAGGACAAAGUAGCAAGCAUGACAAUAUUGUGAGAUGCCAAGCAAAUUCUAUUUGGGAUUUCGGAGAUCUAAGAUGUGAAGGUCCAGUGUGUCAAGAUCCUGGAAGACCGAGCGAUGGAUACCAAAUAGCUAGAAGCUACGAACAAGGUUCUGAAGUAUCGUUCGCUUGUAACAGACCAGGUUACAUUCUGAUAAAUCCAAGACCGAUAACCUGUGUUCGAGAGCCAGAAUGUAAAGUUGUCAAACCCCUGGGACUUGCUUCUGGGAAGAUACCAGAUUCAGCUAUCAAUGCGACAAGUGAAAGACCAAACUACGAAGCUAGAAACAUAAGGUUGAACUCUGUUACUGGAUGGUGUGGCAAACAAGAAGCUUUCACCUAUGUAAGCGUUGAUUUAGGAAAAGUUUAUCGUGUGAAAGCUAUAUUGGUGAAGGGUGUAGUCACGAAUGAUAUUGUCGGAAGACCAACUGAGAUAAGAUUCUUCUAUAAGCAAGCUAGUAGUGAGAACUACGUUGUUUACUUCCCUAACUUCAAUCUCACCAUGAGAGAUCCAGGAAAUUACGGAGAACUUGCAAUGAUUUCUUUGCCCAAAUAUGUACAAGCUAGGUUCGUUAUUUUGGGUAUUGUGAGCUACAUGGAUAAUGCUUGUUUGAAAUUCGAAUUGAUGGGAUGUGAUGAACCAGAAGAGGAACCACUUCUUGGUUAUAAUUACGGAUAUUCACCAUGUGUUGAUAACGAGACCCCUGUUUUCCAAAAUUGUCCACAACAACCUAUCGUCGUUCAAAAGGAUGCCAAUGGUGGUCUUCUGCCGAUCAACUUCACAGAACCAACGGCUGUUGAUAACUCUGGAAGCAUUGCGCGAUUGGAAGUCAAACCGCAAAACUUCAAAACUCCUAUGUAUGUCUUCGAGGAUAUGGUUGUCAAAUACGUUGCUUUCGACUAUGACGGAAAUGUUGCAAUCUGCGAAAUCAAUAUCACUGUUCCAGAUAAUACACCACCUCUUCUGAGUUGUCCGCAAAGUUACGUCAUCGAAUUAGUUGAUAAACAAGACAGUUAUAUCAUUAAUUUCAACGAAACCAGAAGAAGAAUCAAUACAACCGAUGCUUCCGGGGAAGUUAAUAUUGCAUUCAUACCCGAAAAGGCAGUUAUCCCUAUUGGAUCUUUUGAGAAUGUAACCGUCGUUGCUACAGACAAAUAUGGAAACAAAGCUUCUUGUCACUUCCAGGUAUCAGUUCAAGCAACACCUUGUGUUGACUGGGAGCUUAGUCCACCAUCAAAUGGAGCUUUGAACUGCAUUCCUGGAGACCGAGGAUUGGAAUGUGUCGCUACAUGUAAUCCAGGAUUUAGAUUCACUGAUGGUGAACCUAUCAAGACAUUCUCUUGUACUUCAAGAAAACCAUGGACACCAACUUCUGUCGUACCAGACUGUGUAUCUGAAGAUACCCAACAAGCUGACUACCACGUUACUGCUACUAUCUCGUAUCGAGCUAAUGGCGCUGUGGCUACAUCAUGUUUGAAUCAGUAUACCGAUGUGGUAUCACAAUAUUACGCAAAUUUGAACGCCAUUCUCUCCCAAAGAUGUUCAGCAGUUAAUGUCGACAUGAACGUUACAUUCAUUCAAGCCAUUCCCUUAUUGAUUGAAGAGAAUGUACUCAAUAUUGAUUACGUUUUGAACAUUGUACCAGUUGUACGUCAACCACAAUUAUACGACUUGUGUGGUAGUACUUUGAAUCUAGUGUUCGAUUUAUCUGUUCCAUAUGCAAGCGCUGUAAUAGAUCCUUUAUUGAAUGUUGCUGCAAUUGGUAAUCAGUGUCCACCACUGAAAGGUUUGAAAUCAAGCAUUACCAGAGGUUUCACUUGCAGCGUUGGUGAAGUUCUCAAUAUGGACACAAACAACGUACCAAGAUGCUUGCACUGCCCAGCCGGAACAUUUGCUGGAGAGAAACAAAAGGAAUGUACGUAUUGUCCACGUGGUUUCUACCAGAACUUGGACCGACAAGGCUCGUGUAACAGAUGUCCACAAGGAACUUACACCAAAGAAGAAGGGUCCAAGAGUAUCAACGAUUGUAUUCCAGUUUGUGGAUAUGGUACAUAUUCGCCUACAGGAUUGGUACCUUGCUUAGAAUGCCCUAGAAACAGUUUCACUGGCGAACCUCCAAUCGAAGGUUUCAAAGAUUGUCAAGCUUGUCCUGCCAACACAUUCACAUUCCAACCAGCAGCAUAUGAUAAAGAUAAAUGUAGACCGAAGUGUGCACCAGGUACCUACUCACAAACAGGUUUAGCACCAUGUUCCCCAUGUCCGAGAGAUUUCUAUCAAGCUUUGUCUGGCCAAACUACUUGCAAUGAAUGCCCAACUAAUAUGAAGACAGAAGGUGUAGCGUCUACAGGAAGAGAUCAGUGUCAUGCAGUUCAAUGUCAAGAAAACUCAUGUCAACAUGGAGGUCUUUGUGUACCAAUGGGUCACACGGUGCAAUGCUAUUGUCCUGCUGGAUUUUCAGGAAGACGUUGCGAAAUAGACAUCGAUGAGUGUUCUUCGCAACCCUGUUACAAUGGUGCUACUUGUAUAGAUUUACCCCAAGGCUACAGGUGUCAAUGUGCUCCAGGGUACUACGGAAUCAAUUGUCAAGAAGAGAGGUCUGAUUGUAGCAAUGACACUUGCCCUGCGAGAGCCAUGUGUAAGGAUGAACCUGGUUACAAUAACUAUACAUGCUUGUGUAGGUCUGGUUAUACUGGACAGGAUUGUGAUGUCACAAUCGACCCAUGCUCUGCCAAUGGAAAUCCUUGCAAUAAUGGUGCUACUUGUGUCGCUCUCCAACAAGGACGAUUCAUGUGUGAAUGUUUACCAGGUUGGGAAGGACAAACUUGCGAGAUUAACAUCGAUGACUGCGCUGAAAAACCAUGUCUUCUUGGUGCAAAUUGUACAGAUUUAGUGGACGAUUUCAGUUGUACCUGUCCUGCAGGUUUUACUGGUAAACGAUGCCAAGAAAAAAUUGACUUAUGCUCCAGAAACCCAUGCAAAAAUGGGGUUUGCGCUGAUAAACUCUUCUAUUACCAAUGCAUUUGUGAUCCAGGAUGGACUGGUGAAAACUGCGACUCAAAUAUAAAUGACUGCGCCGAUAGUCCCUGUGAAAACGAUGGACAAUGCAUCGACGGCAUAGAUGACUUCACAUGUGUUUGUGAGCCAGGAUAUACAGGCAAAAAAUGCCAGCACACUAUCGAUUUCUGCUCCUCAGAACCCUGCCAAAACGGUGCUACCUGUACAGAUUUAGUAGAUACUUUCUCUUGUAAAUGUAGACCAGGUUUUGUUGGCCUACAAUGCGAAGCUGAAAUCGACGAAUGCUUGAGCGAUCCUUGCAAUCCCAUUGGAACAGAUAAAUGCGUUGAUUUGGACAAUAAAUUCGUUUGCAUGUGUAGAGAAGGAUACUCGGGAACUUAUUGCGAGGAAAAUAUCGAUGAUUGUCGAUCAGAACCAUGUUUGAAUGGGGGAACUUGCAGGGACGAAACAGGUACUUACAGAUGCGUUUGUCCACCAGGAUGGACUGGGGUUAACUGUGAAACAGACAUUGGAAGUUGUCAAGCUAAGCCUUGCCAAAACGAUGCAGCGUGCAUCAAUCUUUUCCAGGAUUAUUUCUGUGUGUGCCCGUCUGGAACUGAUGGUAAACAGUGUGAAACUGCACCAGAAAGGUGCAUCGGCAACCCAUGCAUGCAUGGAGGAAGAUGUCAAGAUUUCGGCUCAGGUCUGAACUGCUCUUGUUCAGAUAAAUAUUCAGGAAUUGGGUGCCAAUAUGAAUACGAUGCUUGCCAAGAUAAUGCCUGCCAAAACGGAGCAACCUGCAUCAACGAUCAAUUUGGCUUCAAAUGUUCCUGUCCUCCCGGAUUUACUGGAAGGUACUGUGAGGAAAACAUAAACGACUGCAAAGAAAAUUCAUGCCCUCCAAGUGCUACUUGUAUUGAUCUCACUGAGAAAUUCUACUGCAAAUGUCCAUUCAAUUUGACAGGAGAGGAUUGUAGGAAAACCAUAUCUGUCGACUAUGAUCUCUACUUCAGCGACGAAACCAGAAGCUCGGCUUCUCAAGUAGUACCAUUCGAAACUGGUUCUAGAUCUAGUCUCACGAUCGCAAUGUGGGUUCAAUUCACGCAAAAAGAUGAGAGUGGUAUUUUCUUCACCCUAUACAGCGUUAGCUCGAAAAAUAUACCAGACAACAGAAGAGCAAUUAUUCAAGCUCACGCAAAUGGUGUGCAAGUUUCUCUAUUCCCAGACAUCCAAGAUGUUUACCUCAGCUACAGGGAUUACACGACUGUCAACGAUGCUCAGUGGCAUCAUAUUGCAGUAGUUUGGGAUGGUGAAAAUGGUGGAGAGUUGAAAUUAAUAACAGAAGGUUUAAUUGCCAGUAAAGUGGAAGGUUACGCUGCUGGCCGAAAGUUACCUGAAUACGCGUGGGUGACAUUAGGUAAACCACAGUCUGGAAAUCCCAAAGCGUACACGGAAACAGGAUUCCAAGGUCAUUUAACUAAGGUACAGAUUUGGGGAAGGGCCUUGGACAUCACCAAUGAAAUCCAGAAACAGGUGAGAGACUGCAGAACGGAGCCAGUUCUAUAUCGAGGAUUGAUUCUAACAUGGGCUGGAUACGAAGAAACAGUCGGAGGUGUUGAGAGAAUAGUACAAUCACGCUGCGGCCAGAGAAACUGCCCCGCAGGAUACACUGGUCCCAAAUGUCAGCAACUCAAAGUGGAUAAGAUCCCUCCGAAAGUUGAGUAUUGUCCUGGGGACUUGUGGAUCAUCACGAAGAACGGAUCGGCUUUGGUUUCGUGGGAUGAACCUCACUUCAAUGACAACGUUGGUGUUGUGAAAGUUGUGGAAAAGAAUGGACACCGUCCUGGACAGACAUUGCUGUGGGGAACUUACGAAAUUGCUUACGUUGCUUUCGACGCCGCUGGAAAUACGGCGUCCUGCUCCUUUAAGGUCUCAGUGCUGUCUGAAUUCUGCCCAGAAUUGCCAGACCCUAUUGGUGGCAUUCAAACUUGUAAGGACUGGGGAGCUGGUGGUCAGUUCAAAGUUUGCGAAAUUGCUUGUAACGCUGGCCUGAGAUUCUCACAAGAGAUACCCAAAUUUUACACAUGUGGCGCUGAAGGAUUCUGGAGACCAACCACAGAUCCAAAGUUGCCGAUGUUCUACCCAGCUUGUUCGCCAUCGAAGCCAGCUCAGAGAGUGUUCAAAAUUUCCAUGCUGUUCCCAACAUCUGUUCUUUGUAACGAAGCUGGACAGGGAGUUCUACGUCAAAGGAUCAGAAAUGCUGUUAACACCCUGAACAGAGACUGGAACUUCUGUUCCUUCUCAGUAGAUGGAUCGAGGGAAUGUAAGGAAUUGAACAUUGACGUAAAAUGCGACCAUAAAGAGAGUAGAAAGACAAGAGAGGUGCGAGAUGAGGAAGAUGGUGCCGGUUCUUAUGAUAUCGACGUUGCAGUACCUGUUAAACGACAAUCCCGCCAAGGACGGCAGUCUUCCAGUGACACCUACGAUAUCGAAAUAUCAUUCCCAGCAAUAAAUGAUCCUGUUGUCAAUUCUAACUCCAACGAAAGAUCUACAGUUAAAGAGCUACUUGAAAAGCUUAUUCUGGAACAAGAUCAAUUCGAUGUCAGAGAAAUAUUACCCAAUACAGUGCCAGAUCCAGCUUCACUUUCACUCGAAUCUGAUUAUGCCUGCCCUCAGGGGCAAGUUGUUAUGGCACCUGAUUGUGUGCCUUGUGCUCUUGGUACAUACUAUAACAAGAGUUCCCAAAAAUGUAUACCAUGUCCUCAAGGAACUUAUCAGAGUGAAACUGGUCAAAUGCAGUGCACUCAGUGCCCAGUUAUAGCAGGACGACCAGGAGUUACCGUUGGUAUUGGGGCCAGAAGCGCAUCUGAUUGUAAAGAGCGUUGUCCUGCUGGAAAGUUCUAUGACCAUGAAGCAGGACUCUGCAGAAGCUGUGGUCAUGGUUUCUACCAACCAAAAGAAGGAUCCUUCUCAUGUGAAAUCUGUGGUUUGGGCAAAACAACCAGAACAACUGAAGCAGUAUCUAUCAAAGAAUGCCGAGACGAGUGUGAAGGUGGAAAACAAUUGUCGGUAGAUGGAAAAUGUGAACCUUGUGCUAAAGGUACAUACAGAAGCCAUGGUAUACAAGCAGCAUGUCAAGCAUGUCCACUUGGAAGAACAACACAAAAAACAGGAUCAACAACAAUCGAAGAAUGUUCAAUACCAGUUUGUUCACCUGGUACCUAUCUGAACAGCACCUUGAAUAAUUGUAUAGAGUGCAGGGAAGGUUUCUACCAACCAGAACCACAGCAAACAUCUUGCAUUAUUUGUCCACCAAAUACAAGUACCAACGGGCCUGCUGCAACCAGCAGAGAACAAUGUACUAACCCGUGCGAGACGGCAGACCCCGAAGACAAGUGUGAUCCAAACGCUUUCUGCAUCUUAUUGGAAGGAACUUAUAACUUCAAAUGUGAGUGUAAGCCUGGAUUCAACGGAACAGGAAAAUCUUGUACAGAUAUUUGCGAUGGCUAUUGUUUGAACGAAGGAAACUGCGUGAAGGACGUAAGGGGUCAACCUACUUGCAGAUGUAUUGGAAGUUUCACUGGCAGACACUGCGCUGAAAAAUCGGAAUUCACUUAUAUUGCCGGAGGCAUAACAGCCUCUGUUGUUCUUAUAAUAUUCAUCGUACUCCUCAUCUGGAUGAUUUGCGCAAGAGCGAAUCGCAGGAAAGAACCAAAGAAGCUCCUCACUCCAGCCACUGAUACUAACGGCUCGCAAGUCAACUUCUACUAUGGUGCUCCCACGCCAUACGCUGAAAGCAUUGCUCCUAGUCAUCAUUCCACUUACGCACAUUAUUACGACGAUGAAGAGGACGGUUGGGAAAUGCCAAACUUCUACAACGAAACCUACAUGAAGGAAAGUCUACACAACGGCGUAAACGGCAAAAUGAACAGCUUAGCAAGAUCGAACGCCAGCAUAUACGGUACUAAAGACGAACUCUACGAUAGGCUGAAGAGGCACGCCUAUCCGGGCAAGAAAGAUAAGAGUGACAGUGACAGUGAGAGUCAAUAAUUUAAUCUGGUCAAGAAAGUGUAACUAUGUUGCUCAAGUAGCAUAGGAUGAGAAUCUAGUGAGUUAACGAAUUUUAGUAAAGGACUCGGUUGAACCGUUGAAAAGUGAAUAAGUAUCGCUUAUUGGUAGCUUUACCAAGGAGUGAUACGCUCUUUUUUACUAGUUUACUCAAAAUAAUUAAUCCCAAUUGAAAGGAAAGUUCAAAUGAAGAUUCUCGAAAAAUAUUAAUCCAAACUCGUCAACGAAUCUUCACUUGAACAGUUUCACAACUUAUGGGUUUACCCAAUGCAAUACUGCCCUAAUUUUCUUUGAAAAUCUUGUAAAUUAAAAAAAAAUAAUCUGAGAAAUGGUAUCGAGAUGUUUCACCAUCUUUUCCCCAAUCAUUAUUUAUUUUUUCAUUACUUACCUCACCAUAUUUAUGUAUAGGAUAUUUUAUUCAAAUUCGAAAGAGAUUGGUGAUAGACAUCACGAAAAGACUCAAGUGGUCGUUCAAAUAUUGGAAAUAUUGUACUGACCAAACGAUAAUUCUAUCGAAUAAUAUUGUAAAACAACCCUGUAUAUUUUUAAUAGUUGUUGAAUUAGAAUGUUUUACUUUUUUAUUGACCAUGUAAUUAUAAGAAGUACGAAUGUGUAUUGAAGUUGUUUUUUAUAUUGUUAAGAAUGACUGCAUUUAAAUAUAAUGUUUUACAGUACAAAAA